AUGGCUCUGUUCUUGUCCCAGGAUGCACUGGACCUAGACGAGCUUGACGACCACAGCAUUGAGAACGAGGAAGACUUCCAACACCUCAAUUGUGAAGCCGAAGAAGCACAAUUGGAACGAAUGCUACAAUUGUGUGUUGUUGGCAAACCCAAAGGCUCCAAAGACGAUCACUGCAUCAAAAAGAAAGAUCUUAUUAUGAAACUGAUGGACCUAGAGCCUGAUGUUAAGAUCGCUGGUCUUCCUCCCGGCCACCAAGACCCAGCUCCUGAACCAAGAGUCGCCACUAGUGAGAUUCCAUUUGUUCAAGUCGACAACCCAGGAAAAUGGCCCCACGUGAUCUACCGAGGCAAGGUAGACAAGUCUAAAAAGUACCAAGGCCACAAGCUACCGGCUGGUGCCAAAUGUUGUCCUUUUGUGAAUGGACAAAGAGCAUGCAAUGGAUGGGAGUUUCACUAUGGUCCUUGGGAGCACAAUCAUGAAGAAGCAGGAUCCAAUGCUUUCCGGAGUGGCGCUACAAUGCAAAACAUGUUUCCGAAUAGCCAAAUGGGAUCCUUGAAUGCCACCACACUCAAGAAGCUUGGCCUCUCCUAUCUGGUAAUCAAGUACAACGACAACAACAAGAGCUUCACUCGUGGGCAUGCUUGCUACAAUCCUGCACACAAGUAUGACAUGGCAUAUCGAGUCAUUGUUGAUAACUGCAACAGCUUGACACUGCAUGCAGAGCUUGACCAAUGUUGUGACGAGAUGACAUGGAAGUUCAUGGGAUAUGGGGAGAGUGGCCUAGUCAAACGGAUUGUAGGGAAGCCUGGAGUUACCAAAGGAGGUCAAGUCACGAUUGUAACUGAUGCGUCUCGGUGUUGUCCACGAGCAUAUAUCCAUCGCCACAACUUGCAUCAUCGUCCUACAGGAUUUGGUGCACAAGGGCCAAAUGAAGUCCGAAUGAUUGCAGCGAUGAUCUCUACCAUGAUCUCCAAGGAAGAUGGCGAUGGCAGGAUCUUCAGGGAGCCCCCUCAUUUGGUUCUGGACAACUUCUUCUCGGGGUGCAACUCAUGCUCGGUAGAUUGGCAUAAUGCCAGCAUCUUUGGAUUGGGGUUUCUAGACUCGACGUCCCUCGCAUCCAAGGAAGGAGUCAAAUGGAAUAUGCCAUCUGACAAUGCAAAGAUGGCAAACAUGAAGUACAUUGAGGCAAUAAGUGAACCAGAAUAG